AUGGUGGAAUCAAUUAUCAACAAGGCUCUCGGUGAUUUGCCAACCCAGGCCCCCAAAGUGGCGGCCAGUGCUCUUGACUUGUUCUCUUUGAAGGGCAAGGUUGCCUCGGUGACGGGUUCUUCCGGAGGCAUUGGCUGGGCUGUGGCCGAAGGUUUUGCUCAGGCUGGCGCUGACGUAGCCCUUUGGUACAACUCGCAUCCAAUUGAGGACAAGGCGGAGCACUUGGCCAAAACGUAUGGUGUGAGAGCUAAAUGCUACAAAUGCAACAUUGCUGACCACGAAGACGUGGAGAAGGUGAUCAAGCAAAUCGAGGAAGACUUUGGUGGUCUUGAUGUGUUUGUCGCCAACGCUGGCGUGGCUUGGAGCGAGGGAAGGUGCAUUGACGUUGAAGGUGUGGAUGCGUGGAAGAAAAUGAUGGAUUUGGAUUUGAACUCUGUCUACUACUGUGCUAAAGGUGCCGGUCGUAUUUUCCAAAAGAGAGGCAAAGGCUCAUUUGUGGUCACUGCGUCGAUGUCUGGCCACAUUGUCAAUGUUCCUCAGCUCCAGGCUCCGUACAAUGCUGCCAAGGCAGCUCUUAUAAUGCUAGUGAAAUCACUUGCCGUGGAAUGGGCUCCUUUUGCCAGAGUAAAUAGUGUGUCACCUGGUUACAUUGACACGGAUAUCACUGAGCAUAUUGACGAGGAAUCUGUCAACACUUGGUACAAGAUAAUCCCAUUGGGCAGAAUGGGCCAGCCUCGCGAGUUGGUGGGUGCCUACUUGUACCUUGCCUCAGACGCCUCCACAUACACCACAGGUACGGACAUUUUAGUAGACGGUGGUUACUGUGCCCCAUAA